AGGGAGGUCCUAAUCUCUCAUAGCAGCUGGGAGCAUUUUACCACGUGACGCGAGAGAUGUUAGAGAGCAGCCAUCAUCAUUUCCCCUAAUUCAUGUCCAGCCUGAAAUGCUAAAAGGUAAGACGACAAGGAAACGGGAAAAACUACGAUGGAGUAGGUGAAGACUAAAGCCUCUCCCGGGGUCCACUCGUCCUUUCUUCUGUUUCACAACUUCCAGAGGUAGGCUCCAAACACCUGGUCUGACCUUGGCUGUGUGCAUCUAGUGUGGAGCACAAACCUGGUUGCAGGAGCACAGUGGAGGAGACAGUCUAAGGCUGAUAACUCCCCCCAUUUGUGUUUGAGGAGGGGGGAGGACGGGGAGGACGAGGAGAAGGAGGAGGAGGGGGAGGAGGAAGGAGCUGCUAUAACCAUCCAGAGCAUGGGGCAAAAAGUCCCAGGCGGCAUAAAAACCAUUGAUAUGCGGGAUCCGGCGUUCAGCCCUCUGAAGCUGGAGCUACAGGCCCUGAGUCACACCAAGCCGUCUCGACUGGAUCUGCUGCUGGACAUGCCGCCUGCCAGCCUGGACGUCCAGGUCCAGAACUCAUGGAACAAUGACGACCGCUCCCUCAACAUAUUCGUAAAGGAUGACAAUAAGCUGGUGUUUCACAGGCACCCCGUGGCGCAGAGCACAGACGCCAUUCGGGGACGCGUUGGCUACACGAGGGGACUGCACGUGUGGGAGAUCAGCUGGGCUAUGCGUCAGAGGGGCACACACGCCGUGGUUGGGGUGGCUACAACUGAUGCCCCGUUGCACUCUGUAGGCUACACAGCUUUGGUAGGAAGCAACGCUGAGUCCUGGGGCUGGGACCUGUGCAGGAGUAAGCUCUACCAUGACGGAAAGAAUCACCCAGGAAAAAGCUACCCAGCCUUCCUUGAGCCAGACGACACCUUCAUAAUACCAGACUCCCUCUUAGUCGUCUUGGACAUGGAUGAGGGGACUCUGGGUUACAUAGUGGAUGGACAUUAUCUAGGGGUGGCUUUCAGAGGACUUAAGGGCAGGAAGCUGUACCCAGUGGUGAGCGCCGUGUGGGGACACUGUGAAAUACGAAUCCGGUACAUAAAUGGACUUGAUCCUGAACCUCUCUCUCUGAUGGACCUAUGUAGGCGUUCGGUGAGGGUGGCAUUAGGAAGAGACCGACUGAGUGAAAUCCAUAGACUGCCCUUGCCGGUCUCUCUCAAGAAUUACCUGCUCUACCAAUGAUGGCGCUGGCUGACAGUCACAACACAAACUCGGCACACCCUCUUCUCUUUCUCAUGUUUCUCUGGGAUCAUUCUUGGGUUGAACCCGUCUGACAACAUUGCUCAAGCCUCCAGGACUGACUCAGCCUUUCACAAGUAUGCAUCUGUGUCAGUGGCUGGACUUUGAGUUUCUUAUCCUGUUUUUAUGACUCUUUGCAAUUGUACUCUCUCUAACUUUAUAAAAUCAGGAAUCACUGAGCACUAUGCACAUGCUGAUCCAGACGAUGCCCUGACAGUCACCAUGUCGGUGUACCUCCUCCUCUGGUUUGUGGUGGCAUAUGUGGUCGGUAUCUCUGCUGUGACUUCCAGACGUUUAUUCUUUAAGAAAUCUUGUAGCCUUUUUAAAUUUGAAUGUUAUGCAAAAAGAAAAUUGUGUGCUGAAGUGCACUGCCACUAUCUGCCCACAAGGUGGCAGCUCACACACGUGAACCCGUACAUCCUCUCAAAUUGAGAAUUAUACCAUGUGGUGCUUUUUAGAAAUAAAGGUUUUUAAAUAGAUAAUAAAUUUGAACAACGGUGGUUCACAGAACACACAGAGGAGACGCCGACCACUCCGCAGUGAAUCUAUAGAGCAGUGUGGAUGAAUGCACUGAGGUAGCUGAAGAGCAGCUCAGACCACUCACUGCACUAUCAGGUUUCUCUGCGAUAUGUAAGAGCGCCCCACUGCUUAGCAUCAAGGCAUCCGACAGGAACAUCAUCAGCAGAAAUUUUAACGGAAGGAUAAUGUCACUGUGAUUAUUUGUAGCAUGCAUCUGCAGGAAUUUUUUCUCAAUACAAUCACAUCUCUUCUUUAAAAAAAAAAAAAUCUGUUCUGUCACUCCUGCUUUUCGUAGUGUGGUAGUUUUCAUGCUGUCUGGGCCCAAGAGUUUUUAUUCUAAAGUUCAACGAGUCUCUUCAUCAGCUGAUUUCACUGGUUUGCACAUAUUCAGCCAGAGAAUGAAAACUGACCAACCGAAGCGGUUCGUUGGAAAGAAAAUCUGAUACUCUUGGGUCCGUGGCACAUAGCUGAGUACCAUUGAUGUAGUGUUUGUGUUUUUUGACAUGUAAAGAGGGGGAGAAGGAAAGGGUUUGGGAAACAGAAAAUGUUAGUGAACGGCAUCGUGUCUGCUUCAGAAUUAUUGACGGAAAAAGACAAUCCACAAAGUGCUGCACAAAUGUAAUAAAAGAAGGUCAGAUUGCCAACAUAUUGUCAAAUGCCAUAUCAUAGACCUGUCAACUAGUAUUUUUAAAUGUGCAGACGUGGUCCUUAUUCAGCAUUCAGCUUAUGUGGACACGCUGUGCCACACCUUACUUUUUCUUGCUUGCAACUUCCAUUUUAUUUGUAUUCCUCGUUGUAGAUUUGUUUGUAAGUAUCUAUUAAAGUUUAUUUCAAAGUAUC